AACCCCGCCUCCUUUCCGGGCCGGCUGGGCGCGCCAGAAGCGCCUGCGCCUUGGCUGCUGGUCGGUUGCUGGGUAACCGCGUCAGGGAGUUGGAUUCUAUCCUGCAAGGGCACGGGGACCCACAACGACGGCUGUCCCUAAAGAACCGUUGCGACUGGUAACUGAAGUGGAAGAGAGUCCAGAUUUCUUGUGUGUGGUCAAGGAGACGGACAAACUUUUUGUCUUCAGACGAGGGAGCGUUUUGUAGGCUCUCCAGGGGUUGAGAUGCUUCCUGCUUCUGCGAAGGCUCCCCAUAAACAGCCUCAUAAGCAGAGCAUCAGCAUAGGCAGAGGAACCAGGAAGAGAGAUGAAGAUUCAGGGACUGAAGUGGGAGAAGGCACAGAUGAAUGGGCCCAAUCCAAAGCCACAGUUAGACCCCCUGACCAGCUGGAGUUGACCGAUGCGGAGUUAAAGGAGGAGUUCACUCGGAUUUUGACAGCCAACAACCCACAUGCACCCCAGAACAUUGUCAGGUACAGCUUCAAAGAAGGCACAUAUAAGCCUAUUGGCUUUGUGAACCAACUGGCAGUUCACUACACCCAGGUUGGGAACCUGAUCCCCAAAGACUCAGAUGAAGGACGGAGGCAGCAUUACCGCGAUGAAUUAGUGGCAGUAUCCUACCAAGGUUCUCAGGAGUCUGUCAAGGUGAUUUCAGAAACAGGAGACCUCGAAGAAGACGAAGAGCCCAAGGAGUUAGAAACUGAGCCUGGGAGUCAAACAGAUGUGCCUGCAGCUGGGGCAGGUGAAAAAGUGACUGAAGAAGAAUUGAUGACUCCUAAGCAGCCCAAGGAGAGAAAGCUCACUAACCAGUUCAACUUCAGUGAGAGGGCCUCACAGACCUACAACAACCCUGUCCGGGAUCGAGAAUGCCAGACGGAGCCUCCUCCCAGGACAAACUUUUCAGCCACAGCCAAUCAGUGGGAGAUCUAUGAUGCCUAUGUAGAGGAACUUGAGAAGCAGGAAAAGACCAAAGAGAAGGAGAAGGCAAAGACCCCAGUGGCUAAAAAAUCAGGGAAGAUGGCCAUAAGGAAGCUGACAUCUAUGGAGUCUCAGACUGAUGAUCUCAUCAAAUUGUCCCAAGCUACUAAGAUCAUGGAGCGGAUGGUCAACCAGAAUACAUAUGAUGACAUUGCUCAAGAUUUUAAGUACUAUGACGAUGCUGCUGAUGAAUACCGGGACCAGGUGGGUACCCUGCUGCCGCUCUGGAAGUUCCAAAAUGACAAAGCCAAGCGCCUGUCCGUCACUGCCCUCUGCUGGAAUCCAAAGUACAGGGAUCUGUUUGCAGUGGGAUAUGGCUCUUAUGACUUCAUGAAGCAGAGCCGGGGCAUGCUGCUGCUCUACAGCCUGAAGAACCCCAGCUUCCCCGAGUACAUGUUCGGCAGCAACAGUGGCGUCAUGUGUCUCGACAUCCACGUGGACCACCCCUACCUGGUGGCAGUGGGCCACUAUGAUGGCAACGUGGCCAUUUACAACCUGAAGAAGCCCCACUCCCAGCCCUCCUUCUGCAGCUCAGCCAAGUCUGGCAAGCACUCAGACCCUGUGUGGCAGGUCAAGUGGCAGAAGGAUGACAUGGACCAAAACCUUAACUUCUUCUCUGUGUCAUCUGACGGCAGGAUUGUGUCUUGGACUCUCGUGAAGAGAAAGCUGGUUCACGUAGAUGUCAUCAAGCUGAAGGUGGAAGGCAGCACCACGGAAGUUCCUGAGGGGUUGCAGCUGCACCCAGUGGGUUGUGGCACUGCCUUUGACUUCCACAAAGAGAUUGACUACAUGUUCCUAGUGGGCACAGAGGAGGGAAAAAUCUACAAGUGCUCUAAAUCCUACUCCAGCCAAUUCCUCGACACCUAUGACGCCCACAACACGUCAGUGGACACUGUGUCCUGGAACCCAUACCACACCAAGGUCUUCAUGUCCUGCAGCUCCGACUGGACAGUGAAGAUCUGGGACCACACCAUCAAGACCCCGAUGUUCAUCUAUGACCUGAACUCAGCCGUGGGUGAUGUGGCCUGGGCGCCAUACUCUUCUACUGUGUUCGCAGCAGUCACCACAGAUGGGAAGGGGCAAGCCAUCCAGGGUCCAGCCAAAAGAGGAAUCAUUCAUCCCAUGAGGCUUCAGGGAGGAAACGGAGCUGUUCACCUUGGAGGAGAAAGCACUCUGGGGGAUGAGAUGCCAUGGAGCAGUUAUUUCCUCUGCUGUAUGGUGGGAAGCUAGAGGGUGGCAGGGCCCGGCUCCAUCUAAGGAAAAAUGUAUGAGCCAGUGUUGAUCAGUGACUGAAUAGUGUCUAUAAUGUAGUGAAGUCUCCAUCCCCGGGAAUGUGCAAGCUGAUUCUGAGGGAACUUCAGUGGGGUGGAAUGGGAGGGGGCUAUUCAACACUGAGAAUUGGUGAGAGCUCAGAAACAAACAUCUUGUGAGCAUAUUCUUGAAUGCAAACCCAUUUUCCCUAUGGACUUUGAUAUAAACUGAGAAGCACUGGCUGCCCCAAGGAAAGAAUGCAGCGAUGAAGGCACCAUCCUAAAGUCCGUCAGUCAUCUCUUCCUGGAACAGAUAACUACUAAGGGCCAACGAUGGUGCCCAGCUCUAGGCUGGACCCUGGUGGCUUAGAUACCUGCUCUUGUGGAGCUUAUGUUCUAGUGAAGGGAAAGAUACAAAAAGCAACAACAAAAUUCCCAGUGUUAAGUUCUAGGCAGAGAAUUAUUAAUAAAAGACUGUGAUAUGUAAACAUAAA